UUUUCCGGUAUCCGGCCUCUCGCCUACGUUUGACAAGCCGGUUCACGGUCCAAUCAGGGUGUAGCGGCUCUUUCCAUCUCGCCAAUCGGUGACGCUUUGCGUCACGUGGUUUUGUUGACGUGAGCCCGGCCGGCUCAGGAACCUGGCAGAACGAGACAAGAGCUGAAACGAACCGGCGAGUUGAAAGUUUUCGCGUUGCUAUUUAGGAAAAGCGAACUUAUAAAAAAAAAUAAUAAAUAGCGGCAAUAGCAGUUUAAUGAUAGUUAAUUUUUUGCUUUCUUCAUCACGUUCAAUCAGAUUUUAUUAUUCAAAUAAGCUGAUUAUUUUUUACGAUAUGUGUUUGGGAUUUUUAGAUUCAGAUUUUGUGUGAAGGAUGUCUACAGGCAAGCGAUUGGCAAAGAGGUCCAUUUUGGGCACUCGGGUAUGCGCCCCGAAUUCGCAGGGGCUUUUUGUGCCAGGUGUGAUCCAGGCAACCAAAACAGACGAUCAUCUUAGCGUGUAUAGUGUAUGUUUGGAUGACAAGACGACUGCCGAGUAUGGUCCAGGCGAUCUGGUGGGCCCAGGAUUUAAGACUAUCAUGGAUGUCAUUUUGCAAAGGGGUCAGAAAGUUUACGUUACACACAAUGGGAGAGAAGUGAAAGGUAUGGUAUCCCAUCACAGGCCGGAUACUGACGAAGUUGAACUUAGCCUUCCAUCAGUUGGACUCAUACUAAAGAAGAGACUUGAAGAAAUACGGCUAAUAGAAAGCCGAAAGUCCGCCAGGCUACAAGAUACAGAUACGGAUUAUUCCAGGCUAGCCGAUGGUCAGCCGGAACCCAGACGAAGGGCUUCAUCUUUAAGCAUCGACGUACCUUAUGGUCAGAG